AUGGCGUUACUGGUGCGCACCAACAUAGCAGCCACCCAGCACCUCACGGCGCAAAAGGGCUGCGAACACACGCUGGUCGAGGUUCACACAAGGACGAUUGGUAGUGCCGGAAACCUGUUUGUGAUGAGCGCAUACUGCAGGCCGUCACAAAGGCAGUACGACUUUGAAACAACAGUGAACCAGGCGAAGAGGUUGGCGGGGUACAGGCCGCUCCUGGUCCUAGGCGACUUCAACGCCCCUCACCCUACAUGGGGUUACAAAUGCCAAUCUAAACGAGGCAAGGCUCUAGCAAAGGGAAUGGAGGACCAAGAAAUGGCGCUCCUUAAUGAACCAGGCGCCGUCACCCGAAAGGGAAACAGCGUGAACAGGGAUACCACCCCUGACCUGUCGGGGAUGGCGGGCUCCCUAGAAGUGGCCUGGCGGAACGAAGACGUAGACCUGGGCUCCGACCACAGCAUCAUAAGUGUAACGAUCAAGGGACCAAGGUUCCGGGCGGCCCUCGGCAAAGCCCGGAUCACCGACUGA